ACCACGGGGAUUCUGCCCUGGGUAGGUCAGUCCCGUGAGACGCAAGCCGGGGCGGUGUGCAGCAUUUCUCUCUUGGAGGGGCAGCAAGUAAAAGGGUUAGCUAUGGCAUCUUUAAUCAGAAAGGUGAUCAGCACUGCGAAAGCUCCAGGGGCCAUCGGUCCGUACAGUCAGGCUGUGUUAGUCGACAGGACCAUUUACAUUUCAGGACAGAUAGGCAUGGACCCUGCAAGUGGACAGCUCGUGCCAGGAGGGGUGGCAGAGGAAGCCAAACAAGCUCUUACAAACAUGGGUGAAAUUCUGAAAGCUGCAGGCUGUGACUUCACUAACGUGGUAAAAACAACUGUUUUGCUGGCUGACAUAAAUGACUUCAACACCGUCAAUGAAGUCUACAAACAGUAUUUUAAGAGCAGUUUUCCUGCAAGAGCUGCUUACCAGGUUGCUGCUUUGCCCAAAGGAAGCCGUGUGGAGAUUGAAGCAGUGGCUGUCCAAGGACCUCUCACAACGGCGUCGCUAUAAGCGGGGCCAGCAUUAUUCAGUCUGGAAUCUCAAUAAUGUUUUUAAAUUAACAUCUUAAUUUUUACAGUUGACGUUGGAAAGUGUAUGAUUGACUAAAACAUUGGAAGUCACUAUGGAAAUACCAUAUAAUAAGGGGAAUUGAGUGUGAACUGAAGAUCGGAUGACAACUCCCGUUACUGGUGUUAUAAAUCACACGCAUACUCAUGACUGGAUGUGGGAAAAAAAAACGUGCAUUCCGUACUUCCUCAAAUAAAUGAAAGUAAAGGGAAAUAACAUGUAGGAGAGAGAGGUUGCUAUUCCUGAUAAAUAAUAAAAGCACACCUAAUUCAAUUAAAGCCUAUUAAUUUAAUGAUGUGAAAUAUUGAAUUCUCACGUCAGCUGUAUAACUCUGCUUUCACUUGAGUAAAAUUAAAGUACUGAAGUUUGAAUGAUAGAGGUGAAGGGGAAGAGAGUGGACCACAAUUUUCAUAGAUAAUAUUUUUCUAAUGGAAAUAAACAGACAUGCAGAUUUUC